AGUGGGGAACAGGGUGCCCACCAGAAUUUCAGUGACACCCUUGGAGAUGGGGAGUAGGCCUACUCUCAGAGGGUCACUAAAGGGAGAGUAGACUAAGUAAAAUGAUUUAGGUCAAAGCGGUUCAGCUAACAAAAAAGUUGAAAGCCUAUAAACUUUCCGAGACUAUAGUAUGAUAAAUGAAAUUGGCCCAUAGGCUAUCAAACAAACAGUGAAAUAGUCACUGAGUAAAAGUGUGAUAGUUCAAUCACACUUAGGCCUAUAUGUCUGAGGCCAGAUAGAUAAUGAAAAAAUGUAUUUAAGCCAAAUAGUCUACUUGUACUGUCUGGGCAGUUUCAAGCCAUUUACUGUAAGCUUGCGUAUAUUUUUGAAGAGAGAGAGAGAGAGAGAGAGAGAGAGAUAUGCGAAUAACGGCAUGCGUGACGUCACAGCCUUCGGAGGCACCACGUGUUUAUCAAAAAAUAGCCGGUCACGGUUCCGCCUCAUGAAGCGGCACUCAGCCAGAACUAACCGGUAAGACAUCAGCAUAUGACGGACUAACAGCCGGUGCCCCUUGUCGAGAAAAUGGUUAAAAAGACUAAAGCUCCCGUCACUUACGCAAAAAUGAAGGGAGUAGUUUCAUAUUUUACUGCUUUAAUCAAGGACAAGAAGUUUGGAUCCAGCCAUUCAAUGUACUACAGACAAAUGGAUUUCUUGCGAUCUGAGAGUCUAUCUGAGGAUGAUGGAGCAGCAGCUGUCUGUUUCAGUGAUCCACCAACAGAGGAGCCACAGUCUCGGGUAUCUGCGGCUGAUUUUGAUUAUUUGAAGGUCAUUGGCACAGGAAGCUUUGGCAAGGUGUUCUUGGCCAAACACAGGGAGAAUGGUACACACUAUGCAGUCAAAGUCCUACAGAAACACAUUAUCUUAUCAAGGAAAGAGGAAAGACAUGUCAUGUGUGAGCACAGAGUAUUGUUAAAGACUCUCAACCAUCCAUUCCUGGUGAAGCUCCACUUCAGCUUUCAGACUAAGGACAGACUGUACCUAGUGCUGGACUAUGCAUGUGGAGGAGAGCUCUUCUACCAUUUGCAGAGGGAGUUGGUGUUUUGUGAACCCAGAGCCAGAUUCUAUGCUGCUGAGAUGGCCAGUGCUUUAGGAUACUUACACUCCCUGAAUAUUGUCUAUAGGGACCUGAAACCAGAAAACAUUCUGCUGGAUUCUGCAGGUCAUGUGGUUCUGACCGACUUUGGCUUGUGUAAGGAGGGUGUGGCGGGGCGCGAUACCACUAGGACCUUUUGUGGAACACCAGAGUACUUGGCACCCGAGGUUCUCCAGCAGAAAGAGUACGACAGAACCGUAGACUGGUGGGGACUGGGGGCCGUUCUGCAUGAAAUGCUUUAUGGCCUGCCACCCUUCUACAGUGCAGAUCGUUUUGAGAUGCUUAGAAAUAUUAUUUAUCAGCCUUUGGUACUAAAACCUGGAGUGUCUAGUGGAGCCAGAGAUCUUCUGAAGAGACUACUAAACAGGGACAGGGCCAAGAGAUUAGGAGCCAAGCGUGAUCUGGUGGAGCUGCAGUCCCACUCAUUUUUCUCCUCUAUUCAAUGGGACGAGCUUGUUGCAAAGAAAAUUCCACCCCCUUUCAUUCCUUCUCUGUCUAGCCCUGGUGACCUCACAAACAUUGAUCCAAGAUUUACAGAUCUUCCUGUUCCGCAGUCAUUAGGUGCAUGUGAGGAGUAUGGAGCAACCUUUCCUGGCUUCACCUACAUCAGUGAAAAUACUUCCUCACUGUCAGUGCAGACUCGUGGGCACUGAGAUCAGAGCUCUGCCAGACCAAUAGACAUUUUAUCAGCCUGUGAACACGUUUCUACAACCUAGAUAGCAAAUGGAAAAAGAAUGGAUCCAAUCAUGUUUUGCUUAGACAAACACUGUAUUUUUUAAGUGUUAGUUGGACCAAUGCAUUUGCACAUGACUGCAGAAUUUAUAUCAACACUGACUGUGUUUCCAAACGUUAAUGUAAUGUAAUUUAAUUUAAUUCCUUUUUAGCCAUAUUGUAAUAAACGAAUGUGUCUGUAAUGAAAUACACACAGUUUUUCAGAAUACUGUUAUAAAGACUGAACAUGUGAGAUACAGUGAAACUGUAUCCAAAUGUUUGUUUUAAAAUGUAACUAAUAAGUCAUAUAAGUUUAUGGAGGGAAUGUUAAAACUGAAGGGUAAUGUACCGUUUAAUAUAAGCUAUAAAUAUAAAAUUGGUUAAAGCGUGUAAAAGCAUGUCUGGAUUGUAAAUUAAUACAUUCUUUAUACUAAUGUACGUUCAUGACGUUUUUUUACAUGCUAUAAUGUUUAUGUUUUUUUGUGGUGAGGUUAAUGUGUUUGAAAAGGGAUUAAAAAGUAACAGACUCACAAUUCACAGUUGUGUUCACGCGCAGACUUCUUGCGGUAAUCGAGACCUUUAAAGUAUGACAUCUGCGUCACAAUUCCAAAGCACACAGUUGUCAUUCACAGACAGCUGAA